AUGGCGGAAGGCAGUGUCCAGAGGCCCAAAGGCACCAAGGACCAGAUUCAUCCAGACGCCGCCAUGCAAGAACCCGCGCCGCCCGCUUUCACCCAAAAGCUCCGCAAAGCGGCGGUCGGCACCAGCUGUGACAUCCGACUGAGGCUGUCGGUGGCCGGAUUCCCCGAACCUCUGCUGACGUGGUACCACGACGGCGAGCCGCUGCCCCCAUCCGAAGCCCAGGACGCCGGCGGGCUGUGGAUUCGGGACUGCCGCACCAGCGACGCAGGCCUGUACACUUGCGUGGCGACCAAUGAGCUGGGAGAGGCGAGCUGCAGCGCCGUCUUGGCCGUUAUGGACCUGGGUGAAGACUCUGAGAACACAGAGGAUGAGACCACAGAUCCUCAGAUGGAAACCAAAGAAGGGCCCGGGAGGCACCAAGAGAAGGCUGGCCGGAGAGGACCUUCAGAUGAGGGAGGCGGGAUGAUGGACUAUAACCCAGACCCCUCGGAUCGCAGGGCCACCCUCCCUGGUGCCUACGACCCUGUGGUGGAGCGGGAGCUGCGCGCUCUGGGCUCCCGCCCUCCGGGGCCCCACCUGGACCCCACAAACCCAGCCAGGCAAGCCCUCGGUGGGGCUCCCUCUGAGGGGGCCCCACCUGUCCGUCACCUGGGUGUGGAACCGCUGAUCCGGGCGUCUCACGCUAACCUGGCACGUCCUGUCCCGGGCUCAGAGGAAAGUGUUUCUGUAGGCAGCGACUACUAUGGGAGCAUGUUCAGCUUGUACCGGGGGAGGACAUUCUCCAUGCCGUUAUAGCACAUGGCAUUUUGUUUUCUAAAAAACAAAAAAGACUGCCCACCAAUCGCAAAAAGAAAAAGAGACACAUAAGGCAAGACAUUGCAUCCCACAUGGACCCAACUCACAAAGAUGUACCCCUUACGCAUAAGUUACAUCAUUUCUCUUAUUUCAUAUAUUCAGACUUAUUUUCAUAUAACUUUGUUACUUGCCAUUUUUAUUUUUUGAUGUCACACUUUCCUUUGACUCUGUUUUUGUUUUUGCUAUGAGUUUGGUUUUGUUUUGUACCUAAAGAUUAUUACCGGUCUUAUAACCAAUAAAUGAUGGUUAAUAUUUCUUAUAGCCAUUAUAGAGGACACCAUGGAGGAGUCUGCUAAUAUGGAUUAUUCGGCACUUCUGAAAACUGUGAUUACUCUUUUUAGCCACUGCAUGUUUUCUAGAGCGGCCCCUCACUUUUAGCACCAGGUCUUCAUAGGUUUGCUGUGGCAUGCACGGGUUGCUGGUUUUGAGCCGAGCUAAUAUUAGCAUGAAUGUUCUCACAAAUGAAUGAUCAUGUGACUCACGGGUUCUUUUCAGGCAUGUUUUUGUGUUGAAAGUUUUCUUAAUGUCGUCACUCUGCGUUGUUGUCGCUGCAGAAUUGCCUACAAUUUUUCAAUUAUUACCGUGUCCAUCCCCACCAUGAGCUUAAGUUCUGACGAACGUUUACACGUAGGCGACAUGGUUUUAUUUUGAUUCCGUUCUGUGCCAUUUAUUUUGUCACUGUCAGAGCACAGAACACGAGGAACUCAGUGGUGAAUCAAAAACACGAGGCGAAAUGACACGAAUGGACGUCUGCUUCUUUAUUACUCUCCGAACGCCUACAGCAGCUGCACCAGAGCUCUAACUUCACACCUCCAUUUCCCCUCAACCCUCACCCCUGUAGGACCCAAACUGCUGGAGGAUCAGCG